AUGUUAGUGCAGGGUCUCCACUUCAUCGGCCACAGUCUGCUGUGUAUUGUCUUCGACCAGAUCACAGAGGGCCAGUUGAAGUUUGUGGAGCUGGACCAGCACUUUGACACCAUCCAGAUCGGCGAGGGAGAGGACAAACAGGACAAACGCGAGUACACCAUCUUCUCUGGCAAGACAGAGAUGGAGGCUCACCUGAAAAAUCAGUUUCCAGACGACGUCACUGCCAUUGAAACUUUUUUCAAAAUCAUGAAGGUGUCAGCCAAGAAGACUCACUAUCUGGCCUCUCUGAAGCUGAUCCCCCAGUGGCUGGCUCUGUUCUUGCUGAAGUCUGGCAUUACAAACCUCUGCUCCUCCAUCUAUACCCUCUCUGGUACUGGAGCUACAGACCUGGCCUUGACCACCAACAAGGACCUUCACGUCAUCUUCAGUUACCUCUUCUACGGUACUUGGUGUCUCAACCCCCCCCCCCCCUCCCCCAAGGAUUCCAGUGUUAUGAUCAAUGCUCUUCUGUUGCAACACUACAAGAGAGGAGCGUACUACCCUAAAGGAGGAGCCAGUGAGAUCUCCUACCACAUCAUCCCUGUCAUCCAGACGUCUGGAGGCAACAUCCUGGUCAGGCCACCCGUCACUCAGAUCCUGGUCAACAAUGACGGGGCAGCAUAUGGUGUAAAGGUGAGAAAGGGACAGGAGGAGGUGGAGGUACAUGCUCCUGUGAUCAUCUCCAACUGUGGUCUGUUCACCACCUUUCAGAAAUGACUGCCCCCUGAGACCCAGACCAAACCAGACAUCCAGGAACGUUUGGACAUGAUGAAACAUGGCAGAGGAUCAUUAUUGGUCUUCUCUGGCUUUGAUGGAACCCAAGAGGAGCUGGGUAUUGUCUCCACCAACUUCUGGCUCUUCAAAAAGAAUGAUAUGAAUGGCUCAAUGGAAGGGUUCUUUGCCAUUAAAGAGGAUGCACCUGAUAAGUGUGUUUACUUCUUUGUGCACAAAUACGCUGCAGACGUGUCGGAUGUGUACCAUGUUACAUUUCCAGGGAAAUCCUGCAUGACGAUGUUGACCAUGGUGAAAUACGAGUGGUUUGAGGAAUGGACAGAUGCCUCAGUAAGAAAAAGGGGAGAUGACUAUACCAACUACAAAAUGAAAUUUGCAAAUAAUCUUGACUGGGCAUGCACCCUAUUCCCCAAGCUGAGGGAAAAGUUGGUGUUCCAGGACGUUGCGACCCCCCUGACUAACAUGCACUUGGCCAGGAACCGUUGCUCCACCCCUGUCAAAAACCUCUUUAUCUCAGGGCAGGAUGUGUUCAGCAGGAUAGCUGGAGCGUUGCACGGGGAUCUCCUGUGUGCCUCCACGGUCCUGGACCACAUCAUCUACAUCAACCUCCUCUUCCUCAAGAAGAAGCAGAAAGAUGGCCAGGCUGGUUAAGAAGCUCGAGUGAGGAGAGCACUCCAUUUCUACGCUCCGGAGCGAAGUUUCCCCUAUAAUUGAACUUUCCUAACCUAAAUCACAAGAUGGGACAAUUUAAAACUGACCCAAGAUCAGUGUCUAGGGCCAGCUUCACCCAACACACUACUUCUACAGUAAGGUGCCUAUACAGGGUCGAAAAAUAAGAAGAAACCGCUAACAUCCGCUUUUCAGGGAUUCAGCAUCUUCAACAUAGCUUCCGUUUCCUCUGAAAACCGCAUGUAGGGACCACAGGAGGUUGG